AUGCGAACUCCCUCCAGUCGUAUUCGCUCACUAACCUUCCGCACCCCACGCACACACCCUCACUCCCCUUCCGCACCCCACGCGCACUCCCUCACGUCGCGUUCGCUCACUCCCCUUCCGCCGCCCACGCGCACUCCGUCCCGUCGCAUUCGCUCACUCCCCUUCCGCCGCCCGCGCGCACUCCGUCCCGUCGCGUUCGCUCACUCCCCUUCCGCCGCCCACGCGCACUCCGUCCCGUCGCGUGCAGAUUACCAUGACUCGCCCCUCCGUGAAGAGUCGCUACUUGUUCGCCACAAAGCACCGACAUUCGCAGUCCACGGCUGGCAGCCGCGGACUGCGCGACGGCCGCUUGCGCCAAGCAGCGUGCGCACAAAGCGAGUCAACCUAUUAUCUACAGCUCCCUCCCGUCGCCUUCGCUCAUUCCUCUCCGUAUCCCACGCUCACUCCCCUUCCGCCGCCCACGCUCGCUCCCUCCCGUCGCGGUCGGCCCCAUCCGUCACCCACCCUCACUCCACUGCCGUCACACACGCACGCACCCUCCCCUCGACAGAGAAGGCAUUCUCCGCUUCCGCCACAUACGCGUUCAUCUCCCCAUCCCUCAUCUCCCCGUCCCUCAUCUUCCCGUCCCUCAUCUCCCCAUCCCUCAUAUCCCCAUCCCUCAUAUCCCCAUCCCUCGUCUCCCCGUCCCUCAUCUCCCCGUCCCUCAUCUCCCCGUCCCUCAUCUCCCCGUCCCUCAUCUCACGUCCCUCAUCUCUCCAUCCCUUUCCUCCCCAUCCCCGCCUCCCCAUCGCCUUCCCUCCCCAUCCCUCACCUCCCCAUCACCUCACCUCCCCGUCUCUCAUCUUACCAUCCCUCUUCUCCCCGUCCCUCAUCUCCCCAUCCUCAUCUCCCCAUCCUCAUCUCCCCAUCCCACACCUCCCCAUCCUUCAUCUCCCCAUCCCACAUCUCCCCAUCCCUCAUCUCCCCAUUCCGCCUCACCCCAUUCCGCCUCCCCCCAUUCCGCCACAGCCCAUUCCGCCUCACCCCAUUCCGCCUCCCUCAUUCCGCCCCACCCCAUUCUUCCUCACACCAUUCCGCCCCACCCCAUUCUCCGCUUCCGUCGCAUACGCGUUCAUCUCCCCGUCCCUCAUCUCCCCAUCCCUCACCUCCCCAUCCCUUCCCUCCCCAUCCCCGCCUCCCCAUCCCUUCCCUCCCCAUCCCCGCCUCCCCAUCCCUUCCCUCCCCAUCCCUCACCUCCCCGUCUCUCAUCUUACCAUCCCUCUUCUCCCCAUCCCUCUUCUCCCCAUCCCUCUUCUCCCCAUCCCUCAUCUCCCCGUCCCUCAGAUCCCCAUGCAUACCCACCCCAUGCCUCAUCUCCUCAUCUCCUCAUCCCCGUCCCUCCCCAUCCAUUGUGACGUGCAAUCCCCCUGUCGUCCACGCUCACUCCCUCACUCCUGUCGCCCAUGCAAACUCUCUUUCCGUUGCCCAGCUCACCAUUCCACCCCAACCGCCUCCCCCCUUUCCGCCUCACCCCAUUUUUCCUCCCGCCCUCUCUCUAUCCCCUCCUCUUCCAAACCCAUUCCUCCUACCUUUCCCCAUCCGUCCUUUCCCCAUCCAUCCUCCUCACCCCAUCUCCUCCUCACCCCAUCUCCUCCACACCCCAUCUCCUCCUCACCCCAUCUAAUCCUCUCCCCAUCCGAUUAUCUCCUCAUCCGAUCCUCUCCCCAUCCGAUCCGCUCCCCAUCCGGUCCUCUCCCCAUCCGAUCCUCUCCCCAUCCGAUCCUCUCCCCAUCUGGUCCUCUCCCCAUCCGAUCCUCUCCCCAUCCUCUCCUCUCCCCAUCCUCUCCUUUUCCCAUCCGAUUCUCUCCCCAUCCGAUUUUCUCCCAAAUCAGAUCCUCUCCCCAUCAGAUCCUCUCCCCAUUCGAUUCUCUCCCCAUCCAAUCCUCUCCCCAACCGAUCCGCUCCCCAUCCGAUCCUCUCCCCAUCCGAUCCUCUCCCCAUCCAAUCCUCUCCCCAUCCGAUCCUCUCCCCAUCCGAUCCUCUCCCCAUCCGGUCCUCUCCUCAUCCCCCAUAGCCUCGAUCCUAUUCUUCCCCAUCCCCCUCUUCCCUGUUUCCCCCCUUCCCGCCCCCACACCCUUCUCUGCAGGGGCAACCGGAAGCACGUGCUACAGCUACUGCUGUGGCGAGCGUGUGUUUCUGCUGACACGAGUCACAAGAACCGGUGCUCUGCGCUGCUCUGCGGCGAGACUGCUGCUCACUUUCCUCUCCUGCCUCUCUUUCCUUUAUUCUCUCCUCCCUCACUUUCCUCUUUUCCCUCACUUCCCUCCUCUCCCUUCCUCUCUCCCGUCACCACACCUCAUCUCCUCUGUUUCUCUCUUUCUGUCUCCUCUCAUUUACUUCCAGGUGGCUGUGCAACGGGGUAAGCCAAAAGAAUCCGUUCGUGGACCAUCCACUAUAUCAUACUCGCAGAUUCUGUCCAGGAUGCACUGUCAUGGUGUCUCGAAGCGUCAUACAUUGUCCUUCAGCUAA